AUGACCGAAACCAAGACUAGCGCUGUUCUCCACCGGGAUACACGUUUCAUUCCCAAGAAGGCCGUUGGUGGUAAGGGCAGCUACAUCUUCUUGGAAGAUGGAACCAAGUUCCUCGAUUCGACUGGUGGCGCAGCGGUGUCAUGUCUGGGACACGGUCAUGGAGGAGUCACCCAGCUGAUCAAGGAUCAAAUGGACCAGUUGUCCUACUGUCACUCGGCCUUCUUUGGUACCGAGGUAGCUGAGGAACUUGCCCACCUAUUAGUUGACUCCACAGGUGGAAAGCUUUCCAAGCUAUUUGUUGUCAGCUCAGGCUCUGAGGCUGUCGAGGCUGCACUCAAGUUGGCACGUCAAUAUUUCUUGGAACUUUCUACACCUCAGCCAGAGCGUACAAAAUUUAUUGCACGGCUGCCUUCUUACCAUGGCACAACUUUGGGUGCCCUCUCUGUUGGCGGGCACGUCCAGCGUCGGCAACCUUUUGAACCUCUCCUUUCCAAGAACGUAUCUCACGUUUCUCCCUGCUAUGCCUAUCGUAACAAGAUUGACGGAGAAUCGGACGCAGAAUAUGUUGCCCGACUUGCUGCUGAACUAGACGCCGAAUUUCAGCGUGUCGGCCCGGAGACCGUAUGUGCAUUCAUGGCAGAGCCUGUCGUUGGAGCGGCUCUUGGCUGUGUUCCAGCAGUACCAGGAUACUUCCCAGCAAUGAAAGCCGUCUGCGAAAAGUACGGUGCACUCUUUAUCCUCGACGAAAUUAUGAGUGGAAUGGGCCGCUGUGGAACAUUGCAUGCCUGGGAACAGGAAGAUGUCGUUCCCGAUAUUCAGACUAUUGGAAAGGGUUUGGGCGGUGGUUACGCCCCGGUCUCAGGCCUCUUGAUAAAUGAUCAUAUUGUCCAAAUUAUGGACAAAGGCAGUGGAAUGUUCCGCCAUGGACAGACGUACCAGGGCCAUCCGAUAUCAUGUGCUGCUGCACUCGCUGUGCAGAAAACUAUCAAACAGGAGAAUCUUCUUUCUAAUGUCCAGGAAAUGGGAGAUUAUCUCGAAAAGCAACUGAGACAGCGAUUCGAGAAACAUCCUUACGUGGGAGAUAUUCGAGGAAAGGGUCUGUUCUGGGGUCUGGAAUUCGUCAAAGACAAGGCUACCAAGGAGCCCUUUGAUCCCAAGGACCGCCUGGCUUUCCUUAUCCAGGAAAAAGGACUUCAGUCAGAGCACAGCGUAUCACUGUAUGGUAGUUCCGGCACCGUGGAUGGGAUCAAAGGAGAUCAUUUGAUUCUUGCGCCAGCUUACGUUGUGUCCAAGGGGGAGAUCGAUAUUAUCGUGGACACCCUCGAAAAGGUUCUAGAGGAAGUGUUUGCGACACUACAGAAAUAG